UCGCAAGGCAGCCAACAGGAAGGAGUAAAAAAUACCAGGCUUCUACGUUCAUUGGUCGGUCCAGUUAUCUAUCUACCGACGCUAUAACUGGUCGCCAUCAUGGUUCACAGGUCAAUCGUUAUGUAGAUACAGUAACAUGUUUCGCCUGCCAACAGCUGUAGUUAGCAUUGCAUUCGAGUGUAAACGUUGUCGUUGAAAGUUAAGGCGUAAAGCGAAAGGUUCUCCAUAAAAAAUUAACGCAUUUUUAUUUUUUGUUUUUGUAAGUGACGCUUCAAUGGUUGCGUUAUCCACGUGGUGUGCCAAAGCUGCGGCCUUCAGGGCCGUGAUAAUGGGCGCCCCUGCUUCCGGCAAAGGCACUAUGUCAGCUCGAAUUGUAAAACAUUUUAACGUGGCUCACAUAUCUAGUGGCGACAAGUUACGUCUUCAUAUGAACAGUAACACCGAAUUGGGCAAAGCAGUUUCAAGUUACGUGAAAUCUGGUAAAUUCGUUCCGGACGAUGUAAUGAUUUCAAUGAUAGACAAAGAGCUUGAAUCGGUGGGACAAGAAAAUUGGCUACUGGACGGAUUUCCAAGAACGUUAGAACAGGCGGAGAAAUUACAGAAAAAGCAUCCCGUGAAUCUUGUACUAUACCUCGAUGUACCAAACGAAGUGAUACUAAAUCGCGUGAAAAAUAGGUGGGUUCAUUUACCCAGCGGAAGAGUUUAUAAUGUUGGAUUCAACAGUCCGAAAGUACCGGGUAAAGAUGAUGUAACUGGCGAACCUCUAAGCAAGAGGGAAGACGACAAAGUUGAAAUUGUACAGGAAAGACUGGAAAGGUACUCAGAGGCAACUAAACCACUUUUAACGUAUUAUGGUAAUCUAGGAGUAUUGAGAAAUUUUCGUGGCAAUACUACCGAUGAAAUGUGGCCACAUGUCAAGGAUACUAUAACAAACUUUUUAUCAUAGUCUUUGGUCUGGAUGUAAUGGUUUUUAACGCAUAAUCAAUUACGAAUUAGUUUAAAUUUAAAUAAUUAAUAGCGAUGACAUGCUUCCAUAUAGGCAAGGUAAUUAUACAGUAAGAUGUUAAAUGUUAUUUUUUUUUUUUCAUACGCA